CCAGCUUUCGGUUCGCUUGAACCGAACAGUUCUCACUCGUCGCAGCAAAGCUUGCAGGCUGUGCCCUUUGGGUAUCUGCGUCCGAAAUCGUCGGCUUCGGCGGAGUCCUCGGAUCCGUGUCUUCUGCAGUCCCGAGAGCGACCUCGAGAAGCCAUAAUCAUCCGCUGCUUCUGAGGAGCUUUCUGCUGAAUUUGGGUCCCCGUUGAAAGGCUUAUGAGAACGAAACGUGGAUCUGCAUGCCCUUUACUUCUGGAGAAGCUAGACGCCACUGCGCGCAGUAUCGUCAUAUCUGUCCGAUCCGUUUGCCUUCUCAAUCGAGCUUGUAUUGGAGAAAGUGAAGGAUGAGAGAAAUCGUCCAUAUCCAAGGCGGGCAGUGCGGUAAUCAGAUCGGCGCCAAGUUUUGGGAGGUGAUCUGUGACGAGCACGGAGUGGACGCGUCCGGUUCUUAUCAUGGAGACUCGGAUCUUCAGCUCGAGAGGAUCAAUGUGUAUUUCAACGAAGCGGUUGGAGGCCGCUACGUUCCACGAGCGGUGCUCAUGGAUUUGGAACCUGGCACCAUGGACAGUCUGCGGUCCGGGCCGUAUGGACAGGUUUUCAGGCCCGAUAACUACAUCUUUGGCCAAACGGGUGCCGGCAACAACUGGGCCAAGGGCCACUACUCCGAAGGAGCCGAGCUCAUAGACUCUGUUCUCGACGUCGUGCGCCGAGAGGCCGAGAGCUGCGACUGCUUGCAAGGCCAUAUUCUCGAAUGUUGAUGAUCGUCAACACAGCUUAAUUUCUUUAAUCUGGACUUACGGAACCAGCUUGCAAUUGGUAACCGCGGAUUCCAUGGACCUCGAUCGCGAGCCUGAGGAAUCUUCUCCCGCCAGCCAGCUUGCAACACAUCCGCGUGAUUCAAGAUGUUUUGAACCGGAUGGUGUCACAACAACUGUCUGUCUUGCUUGCCAACAAGUACUGCAGCUGCUGUUUCGUGGGUUUCAAGUGUGUCAUUCCAUGGGUGGAGGAACCGGAGCGGGAAUGGGCACCUUGUUGAUCUCCAAGAUCCGCGAGGAGUAUCCUGACCGCAUCAUGGUGACAUUCUCGGUGGUUCCUUCGCCGAAAGUAUCGGACACUGUGGUUGAGCCCUACAAUGCAACCUUGUCCGUCCACCAGCUGGUCGAAAAUUCAGAUAUGUGCAUGAUUUUGGACAACGAAGCUCUCUACGACAUUUGCUUUCGUACACUAAAGCUCAUGACCCCCACCUUUGGAGACUUGAAUCACUUGAUAUCUUCAACAAUGUCUGGAGUGACGGCGUGCCUGCGGUUUCCCGGUCAGCUGAAUUCCGACCUGCGCAAGUUGGCAGUGAAUUUGAUCCCGUUCCCGAGGCUGCACUUCUUCAUGGUGGGAUUCACUCCGCUGACAUCGCGUGGCUCACAGUCCUAUCGGGCGAUGUCGGUGCCCGAACUGACCCAGCAGAUGUGGGACGCGAAGAACAUGAUGUGUGCGGCGGAUCCACGCCACGGUCGCUACUUGACGGCGUCGGCCGUGUUCCGAGGCCGGAUGAGUACGAAAGAAGUGGACGAGCAGAUGCUAAACAUCCAAAACAAGAACUCCUCGUACUUUGUGGAAUGGAUUCCAAACAAUGUCAAGUCCAGCGUUUGUGAUAUUCCACCCAAGGGCCUGCGCAUGUCAGCCACUUUCAUCGGCAACUCCACUGCCAUUCAAGAGAUGUUCAAAAGGGUGAGCGAGCAGUUCACCGCCAUGUUCCGAAGAAAAGCAUUCUUGCACUGGUAUACUGGUGAAGGCAUGGAUGAAAUGGAAUUUACAGAAGCCGAGAGCAACAUGAAUGAUCUCGUAUCAGAAUACCAGCAGUAUCAAGAUGCAACAGCCGAUGAGGAGGACGAGUUCCAUGAUGAGGAACAUGAAGAACACCACUUGUAGAUUAUCAUAGUUCUCUCCAGAGCCGAAUGUCAAUUAUUAUACUACAGCGGUAGUAGACACCGCAGUCUGGACUAGUCCGGCUUUAUAUAUGUAUGUAGAAUCUACAUGCAUAUAUACAGCCGGAUCUACAUUGUAGAUGCUCGUGAACACAUGGCCUUUGGAUGUAUAGUAUUUGUGGACUAAUUACUGGCCGAGAUUUCCGCCAUUUCUUCUUUCAACUCGAAUUGUCGUUAAGUUCGGUCUUCUCAUCUGCGUUUGAAUUUAUAAAGAGGUCCU